UCGAAGACCAGCAUAAUCACGAACUUGUAAAAAAUAUUGCUACUCUUGUGUCCAGUUAUAGAAGAUUUAUCCCAGAAAUGUGUGAUGAUAUAAAGUUACUUGCGGCGUGUGGUGUGCGUCCUGGUACGAUUGUUGAAGUUUUACAACAUAAAAAUUCAGAAAAAUAUAUUCACGACAAAAAUGUUUAUAAUUUGGUUAGUUCUAUUCGUCGCCAUCAAAUUCAUUCUAAAAGUGAUGCUAGUUCAAUGUAUCUUGAUCUCAUGAUCCAAUGGCAAGAAAAUCUGACUUUUCAUGUUGAUGCGCAGUUUGAAGGCCAAGAUAACCACCUUAUUCGACUCUGCUGUAUGAACUCCUCUCAACAAGAAUUAUGGUCGCGUUUUCACAACAUCCCCCUUCUUGAUACAACUCUACGACUUCUUGAAAUCACAGCAGAUGGACAAAGGUAA